CGCUGGUUUCAGGGCGUGUGUGCGCCUGCGCUGUGCUGCUGCAGGAGCAGCUAGAGCUCGGCUUGUGUGAGUCGGUCGGUGGGUGCUGGCGGCUUCCUGGCGGUGGUGCUGGGCGCAUACACUAGGAAUUACAGCGACAGCAUUAAGAAGAAAUAGGGUAGAAGCCAGGUGUUGUGGACACCCAACAAGUAGCUGAAACAAUGACUAUGGCCUUUCGGAAAGACUUGGACGAGUGCAGGAAUAUGGAUGCUGAUGAACUCCUUGGAAACCUCUCAGAAGCUGAUCUAAAACAACUGGAAAAUGUCCUGGAAGAGCUUGAUCCAGAGAAUGCACUGCUGCCAGCUGGAUUUCGACAGAAGGAGCAAACCCUAAAGGAAGCCACAGGUGGUUUUGACAGAGAGCAUUUGCUCGACUUCUUGGAAAAGGACGCUCUUGCACAAAAAGACAGGGAAGACUACAUGCCAUUUACCGGAGGGAAAAAAGGGAAAAUAUUUGUCCCCAAGCAAAAGCCCAAAAACAUACUUGCAGAAGAGAAGCUAAGUCUUGAUCCGGAACUGGAAGAGGCUUUGAGUAGUGCCACGGACAUUGAGCUGAGUGACCUUGCUGCUAUCCUUGGCAUGCCCGGCCUUUUACCAAACAGCACUAGUAAUGGGUUUGAUAGCCAAGGAUUUCCCACUAUUGUAAAGGCAGAGCCGGUGAGACCGAUGGCUGAUGAACCACCAAACCCCACCAAUGUGGAGGAGAGCUUGAAGAGAAUAAAGAACAACGACCCUCGCUUGGUUGAAGUAAACCUUAAUAAUAUAAAGAAUAUCCCAAUUCCCACCUUGAAAGAAUUUGCAAAAGCUUUGGAAUCAAAUACAUAUGUGAAAAAAUUCAGCAUUGCAGCAACAAGAAGCAAUGAUCCAGUAGCAGCAGCAUUUGCUGACAUGCUGAAAGUAAACCGAACUCUAAAGAGUUUUAAUAUUGAGUCUAAUUUUGUCACCGCUCCUGGAAUUUUGGCUUUGGUUGAAGCACUUAAAGAGAAUGAAACUUUACGAGAAAUCAAAAUUGACAACCAGAGACAGCAAUUGGGAACCGGCGUAGAGAUGGAGAUUGCUCGACUGCUGGAGGAAAACGCCUCAAUUCUCAAAUUUGGAUAUCACUUCACACAGCAAGGGCCACGAACAAGGGCGGCUGCUGCUAUAACUAAGAGUAAUGAUCUCGUUCGCAAGAGAAGAGUGGAAGGAGACCACGAGUAAGCUUUACCAUGAUAACAUUACUUGGAGGUUUCAACAUCACUGGGGAAUAAUGAGCUUUGUUCAGGUGUUAUAGUCUCUGACUUCAUCUGGCUGGGAAGAAGGGAAGAUACUGGAAAACCACAAACCAUUAUCUGAUCGCUCUUUUUACUAUCUUUUGAUACACUUUGCUUCUUUUAGUCUAAAUCCUAUUAGACCUUUAUUGUUGAGACCAUAUUGGAUAUUUGAGAGUUGAAGAUGCCUGCUUCUUGCGGGACAAUAUGAAUGCUGGUGCUCAUCCAACCGAUUAAUUUCCACCCAGGAUUGUCACGAAGAUGCUGGAUCGGAAGGCUCAGACUAAUAAAGUUCUCAAUACUGGCGUUUACAAGGGAAAGUCAAGACUACAAGCAUUGUGGGUUUUCAGCUCUGAUCAACUAAGAGGGAAGGCAGAGUGCUCUGCAACAUAGAAUAUAAUUGCACCGCAUAUGCUGCAGUUUUUUGGAUUUGCUUUAGAUUAAAUUGGAUAGAAUUUGCAACUUGAGUCAGUAUAAUUGUCCUGAAACCAACAUGCUCCUGGUGAUAUUUACACAUUGUAUUGGUUCUCUUCCUAGGUUUUAGGAAACUUGGCAGCAUCAUAUUUUAUUGCCAAGAAAUGACUGGAUGUAUGCCAUUUGGCCAUCUAAAAGUUAUGGCCAUGUUAGAAGCUUGGGUGCUGCACAGAACCAAUAUUUUGUAGUAAUUGGAUGUGGCUUUAGAUUUUAGUGAAAUCUAAAUCACUUGCAUCCUGUAAAAAUACUGAAUGAGCAGAUUCUUGAAAUCUCAAUUCAGAAAUACCAAGCACUCCUCAUCGCUGUUUUCUUCUUCCAGUUAGGUUUUCUUAGAGGGGUUGUCCCAUCUGAGAUACUGAUGGCUAGGAUAUGCCAUCCAUGUCAGAUAAGUGCUGGUCCUACCUCUGGGUCCCGCUCCUAUCUCCAGAACAGGGCCCCCCAAAGUGCAGUGAAAGCAGCUGCAUGUGUGUGUCCACCCUCUGUUCUCCACUAUGGGAGUUCUGAAAAUAUCCUUGGCCAUUUCUGGCAGUGCCAUAGCAAUGAAGAGAGAGGUGGUUGCGCUUGCGCCACUUUCUCUCUCUCCAUUCACCUCAGUGGGACUUCUGAAAACACCUGAGCGUGCUCACUCAACUGUUUUCGGAAUGGAAAGCAAGCCAUGCAAGCGCAGUGUGCUCUCCUUCACUUUGGACAUAGGAGUGCACCUAUCUAACAUCAAUGUCCCAGGUGGGAAUACCUUUUUAAAUAAAUAGAAGAUACAUUCUAGAGGGAUGAACAUACAUUGUCCUAGCUUUUUAUUUUGAUGAAAAUUUUGUAAUUUUGAAAUCGGUCAUAUUGCACUACUGCAGUGUCUUCGUUAAUGCAGACCAUAACAGCAGAGCCAUUCACAUGGCGCUCUUAUUUCAGGGAAACAAUGUACCAAAUAUAGAGUCUCAGGAAUGUAUAGGCCUGGGAGUACUUGGUAUAAUACUUAUGUCUUAAUAUGAUAUGUCUCCAAAUAUCCCAUGCCAGGGAACUGUAACCUGGGAAUAUAUAUUUCUUAACCCCCUAUGAAUCCAAAUAUUCCAUCCUGGCGAAGUUCUGACCUGGGAAUAUAUAUCUGUCUUAACCUCCUAUAUGUCCAAAUGUCCCUUGGAACUAUAGACCCAAAAGUUUUUAGUAUGUCUUCAUCUCAUAUGUCUCCAAAUAUGCUGUACCAGAGAAAUACAGACCACGGUAUUCCUAGUAUGUUCACAUCCGACGCCUCCAGCUAUCCUGUCCCAAGGUACCAUAGACCAGGGAUGCCACAACCUCCUUUUUUCCAAAUAUCUCAUCCCAGGAAACUAUAGAUAUGGGAGAAAAUAUUACCACUUUGUACUUGUCUACAACGUUAUCAUAGAACUUGACGACCCUUGUCAGUAAAAAUUUCAAAAAUCUUAAAUGAAAGGAUAGCUAUAAUUAAUGUAGCCUUUUAGCCAUGUAGAUGAACUUAACAGAACUCCAUGUUUAUGUUCAAGGCACAUUUUAUUUCUUUUACCAUGCCUGAUUUAGAUGCUGAAAUGUACAUUGGCUGUAUUGUAUUUUUUUCUUUAUUUUGUUAUUGUGUACACAUCAUUAAAGGGUGCCAAACACUGUAUUCUGGCAGUAUAUAUUUGUAUGUAAUAUACAUAUUGUUAAAGAGAGCCCUUCAAAUUUUUGGCAUUUAUAAAUAAAGUUUGUUUUUCAAGU